AUGGGGUCUGGGAACCAAACCACCACCAAAGAAUUCAUCUUUGUGGGACUCUCCAGCCAACGAAAGACACAGAUUCUGCUCUUCGUGGUCAUCCUCAUCAUCUACACCUUGACUGUUGUGGAGAACUUGGUGAUCAUCUUGCUGGUGCGAAUGGACUCUCAUCUCCACACGCCCAUGUACUUCUUUCUGAUGCAUCUCUCAGGCCUGGAGAUUUGCUAUAUCUCCUCCAGCAUGCCCCAGCUGCUGGUGAACCUACUGUCUGGACAUGGAGCCAUUUCCAUUGCACGCUGUGCUGCCCAGAUGUACAUCGGUGGAGCCAUGGGUGCUGUUGAAUGCCUUCUGCUGGCUGUCAUGGCCUAUGACCGCUACUUGGCCAUCUGCCGACCUUUACUAUAUGAUGCUGUCAUGGGCAGAUGGCGCCAACUGCAGCUUGCCUUAGCUUCAUGGGCAAUAGGUUUCCUCAUUGCUACUAUCAAUGUGAGCUGCACCUUUCACCUUCCCUUCUGCGGUCCCAACCGCAUCAACCACUUCUUCUGUGAGCAACCCAUGGUGCUGAAACUGGCAUGUGGUGAUACCCGCAUGACCGAGACCAUCAUGUUUGCAAACUCUGCAGUGGUUUUCAUUGGCCCCCUAUCUGUUAUCCUGACAUCUUACAUACUCAUUCUGACUUCCAUCUUACGAAUGCGGUCACCUGCAAAUCAACACAAGGCCUUCUCUACAUGUGGUUCCCACCUGGUGGUGGUCACCAUCUUCUAUGGUACUGCCAUUUCUAUGUAUAUGAGGCCCCAGUCAGGUGUGUUCCCUGAUCGAGACAAAGAAAUUGCUGUCUUUUACAUCAUCGUUACUCCGCUGCUCAAUCCUAUCAUUUACACACUAAGGAACAAGGAUGUCCAUGGGGCAAUGGCCAAGUUGCUGCAAAGAAGGGAAUUUGACUGA